CGCCGGCUGAAUAUGGCGGACUUGGAACGUAACGAGUCUCUGGGCUCUCCUCAUUCUCCGGUAACGGUUCCUACGCCGUCUCGAAACGGCUCCGGGAUUCAGACAGUCACGACGGGACCGCGCAUCGUCCGAAUUAUCAAGUCGGAGUCGGGCUACGGGUUUAAUGUGCGCGGUCAGGUUAGUGAAGGCGGCCAGCUACGCAGCAUUAACGGGGAGCUGUACGCUCCUCUGCAGCACGUCAGCGCGGUGUUACCGGGAGGAGCAGCUGAGCAGGCCGGGAUAGUGAAAGGAGACCGAAUUCUAGCCGUGAAUGGCGUGAACGUAGAGGGGGCUACCCAUAAGCAGGUGGUGGAUCUGAUCCGAACGAGCGAGAAGGAGCUGGUCCUGGCCGUCCUGUCGGUGCCCCCGCAGGAAGCCGACGGCCUCGACUCCGGAGAGGAUGGCUCAGCUCCACCUAAUUAUGACUACAGUGAAAAGCAGGCUGUGCCCAUCUCUGUCCCUACGUACAAGCACGUGGAGCAGCAUGGUGAAAGAUUUGUGGUGUAUAACGUCUACAUGUCUGGCAGACAGCUCUGCUCAAAGCGCUACAGGGAAUUUGCUAUCCUACAGCAGAACCUAAAAAGAGAGUUUGCCACCCACUCAUUCCCUAAGCUACCAGGAAAAUGGCCCUUCUCCUUGUCCGAGCAGCAGCUGGAUGCCCGCAGGAGAGGACUGGAGGAAUACCUGGAGAGAGUGUGCUCAGUGAGGGUCAUCGGGGAAAGUGACAUCAUGCAAGAGUUUCUGUCCGAGUCAGAUGAGAACUAUAAUGGUGUAACAGAUGUGGAAUUACGAAUAGCAAUGCCAGACAAGACAACCAUUUCAGUCAGGGUGCGCAAGAACAGCACCACCGACCAAGUGUACCAGGCUCUAGUGAUGAAGGUCGGCAUGGACAGUGUAAUGGCCAGUUACUUUGCCCUCUUUGAGGUGAUCAACCACUCUUUCGUUCGUAAGUUGGCCCCCAAUGAAUUCCCACACAAGCUAUACGUUCAAAAUUACACUUCAGCAGUACCGGGGACCUGCCUGACUCUGCGCAAGUGGCUCUUUAGCACAGAUGAGCAAGAGCUGCUCCGGGAAAACCCACUGGCUCUGCACUACUGCUUCCACCAGGCACAAGAUGACAUAAAGAAGGGGUUCAUCAAAGCAGAGGAUAAGUCCUACCAGCUUCAGAAGCUUGCCGAGCAAAGAAAGAUGGCCUCAUACUUAAAUUUGCUGCGCUCAUGUGAGGGGUAUAACGAGGUCGCGUUUCCCCAUUGCUCAUGCGAUUCGCGGAGAAAAGGUCACGUGAUUGCCGCCAUCAGCAUUCAUCACUUCAAACUGCACGCUUGCACGGAGGACGGCGCGCUAGAGAAUCAGGUUAUAGCUUUCGAAUGGUCCGAGAUGCAGAGGUGGGACACAGACGAGGAGGGAAUGGCUUUCUGCUUCGAAUACGUACGAGGGGAGAAGAAACCCCGCUGGGUCAAAAUCUUCACUCCUUAUUUUAACUACAUGCAUGAAUGCUUUGAGAGGAUUUUCUGUGAGCUCAAAUGGAGGACAGAGGUGGAAGAGGGCAUAUCGGACAAGGACAACAAGAACUGCAGUAGCAACGAUUAUCUCUCUCCAUUGGAACAACAGAAGGGAUGGCGCCACCUAGGGAACGAAAUUGAAACCUCCUAAGAAAACCUCCUCUUCGAAGAUCGACCUGAACUGACCCGGACCCUCAUAGAACUAGUAACCAUUAACAGCCAUAUCACCGGGGUUUACACCCCAGUGAUGCCAUAACCACAUUCUUCAACAAAUAUGAAAAAAGAUACACGACAUACAAAGGGCGACGUAGACCAGCAGUGUCUCCAACUGGGGAUGCCUAUAUUUUCAACCAUACACCUAAUCCUAGCUAAGCUAGAGCCAGUCGUGCUACAGAUUGACAAAUAAGCAGUUAGUACGUUCUACAUUGAGUCUCCAGCACCACUGCUUGUGGAAACUGCCUUAUGUUCAUUCAUUGGCUGCCUGCCACCACAGCGCGAGACGUCACUGGUUAAAGAAGAGGCCAGUUAUGAUGAUAGAUGAUAGAUGAUAGAACGGCAUUGCAGAAUAGCGACCAGCAACCGUUUUUCUUCAGGAUAUAUCGUCACUAUUUUAUUGUGACUAAUUAAAGCCAGCAUGGUUGUAUUUAGAACUAAUUAAAACAAGAGUUUAAA